GUCUAUCCGUAGCAUUAUAUGCACUGGCGACGCUGAUGCGGGGGAAGAGUAUAGUCUAGGUAAAACUCACAUCUCAUAUCAUAAGUAUAAUAUUCUGAGACACGAAAGCUGAGUAUAGCUAAAACACCCACGAAAGCACGCAAAAAUACAAAGAAAAGAUGCCGCUGUGAAACGGGCGGACCUGCUUCGAACUAAGAGUGCUCCGAGAGACACCGAGAUAAACACAAGACGACGCAGCCAUGGCCGGAAUCAAAGGUUCUUUUUAUUAUUCCGCAUUUAAUUUUUCAUUAAAUUUUUCGCUGACUGCGGGUUUUGGUCCAUCGCUGAGUGUCGAGGAAUGAAUCCGAAUGCAUACUCCUCGAAACCAGCUGAUAAGGACAGCUCGCUCCUAACCUCAAAGUAUUGUUUUGGCAUUGGGACUUCGUUUUUUGGAAAUGAGGUCGCUGCAAUGUUUUGAGAGUCGUUUUAAUGAUUUUUUUCUUUUUCUUUUCCAUGCUGCUGUUUCCGGUUACUGCGAUGUACAGCACUGGUGACUUUGGCUUUCGCUGGCUCCAUUGGUAUGACACUUGUCAUACUUGGUUGUGCACUUCCAGCAUACAAAGUAUGGUGGCCAUUCUUUGUAGUAUUAUUUUAUAUUCUAUCGCCAAUACCCACACUGAUAGCCAGACGUUAUUCAGAGGAUUCAGGAACAGCAAGUAACCCCUACUUGGAGCUGGCUAUAUUCCUCACAAUGGGAUGUGUUGUGUCAUCAUUUGCUCUGCCUAUUGUAUUGGCAAGGUCUCCUAUGGAUAAUCCAGUUAUACAAACAGGAGCAUGUUACCUAACAUUGGCAGGAAAUGUUGUAGUAUACUUGACCAUUAUUGGAUUCUUCUUAGCAUUCGACCAUGAAGAUUCUGAUUACAGCAUGUGGUGACGUGUUUAAAGUUUGUACUUAUUUGUUAUGGUAAAUUUUUAUCAGUAUGUCAGGGAAGUUUCUACAGUGAGCAAAAUGUUUAUACAGCUGAGGAAUUUUGUGUUUCAUUGGUAUAAUGUCUACAAUCAUUACUUCAUUAAUCUUUGCAUUUAUAAAAUAUAUAAUUUUAUAAAUUAUACAAUGCAUUCGUGAGAAUUUGAUAAACAUUUAUAAAAGCUAAGAUUGUUUCAUGUAAAACUGUAGAUUUUUGAGUUAACAAACACGCCAUAGAUGCAUGCUGCUAACAUAGAUUCAAAAUGGUACAAAAAUUUUGAUUAAGCACUAGUUGGUAGCAUUCACCUAUGAAGCUUAAGUGAAAUGAUAUAUUCAAUCAUUACUUUUCCUACAGAUUUUUAUACGAAAAAUUAAUAAAAAUGAAUGUGUGAACUACUAACUGACUGAUGGCUACGCUUUCUAUUUUAAAUGCAUAUGUAACACUGCUAACAUAUAUACAUAUAUUUCGAAAUGAAUCAAUUGUAAUACUCCAGUCUUUUUGCAUUACAACAUUGAAUGAAACAUAUAAAUGCACGAAUUUAUAUGGGAUAUUUGUAUAAUAAUCGUAUACAAAACUGUCAGCUUUAACACUGUUUAAAUCACUGUAGUGUCAAUAUUAAGUAAGUUUAUUAAUGAUAAAGAAAUAUAAGUGAUAAUGAGUUCUCAACGACUAAAAAUCAGUUGAACUUGAGUAUACCACCAAUUGUUUCAAUAAUGAUUCCAUGCUUUUUAAAAAAAAAAUUUCUACGUUGAUAAAGUUUGUAUGUAAUAAAGCGAUUAAGUUAAAGAGUAUUAUACUGUAUUAUGAUGUGUUAUACCCCAACAAGAGUGAAUAAAACGAAUCAUAAUUUAAUGUAA